GAAGCGUGUGUGUGUAUGUUGCUCAGGGAGGGUGUCCAACAUGACAUCUGCAUCAGUGCUCUGCCUUUCAUUUCAGUUCCUGUUGCUGUGAUGACCACAGACAUGAGCACAGCAGGUGUUCAUCGAGGCUUCCUCAAAAAAUAUGGCGGCUUCAUGUUUAAGCAGUGGAAGGAGAAGUACCUUGUGCUGACCAUAGAGGGUAACCUGCUGGUGUGCCGGGAUGCAGAGUCCCCUCCAGACCAAGUGGUAGCACUACAUAGCAGCUGUGAGUCAAUUGCAGAGGGACGAGAAAUACUUGACCUGCCCAAGUUGCCUCCAGGGGGCAGGAGGGACUGCUGCUUUGCUCUUAUCCUGCCACAGAACAAGUUCCUGCUGCUGCUCUCAGACAACCCAGACGACUGCACGCUCUGGCUGAAGGUCAUCAGGAAAGUGAGAGAGGGUGUCAUGUCACCCCUGACACUCCAGAGACAACGCAGCAUCACUCCCUGCAUCACAGAUAGAGAUCCCCUGCCCGACUCUGCCAGUGAUAAAGACCCCGGGUCACCAAGGGUUGGUGAGGGCACCCCUCCUUUGACUAGGGUCACUGAACGGGGAGGCUCCUUCAGAGAGAGAGGGCAAAACCAAGCAAAUGUGUCACGGCGACCUCUGCGUAGUGUUUCUGUGGCACCACCUCACCGUGUGUCCGACUGUCUUCGCCAUGGCAACAGCAGUGAUGCCCGGGCAGUGAGGGCAGUAUGCUUACUGAUGGGAGGGGCAGCAGCCUCCUCUGCUUUGGGCUACCUCAAUUCCUGCUCCCCUUCCUCUCCCCUUGCCACAAGACCCCCAGAAAUUGCCCACGGCACAGGGGGCUUCUCUGAGCUUUCUGCCGGGGGCUCCUUCCAUGCCUGCAGCCAGGAUGUCGAUUCCCCACACUUUACCAGCUUUGACUUCGAAGGAGACUCCGACUUUGAUGCAUUUGACUGUGGAGGAUUUGCUUUUUAGUUGACAGGGCUUUCAAAUUCCUUAUAUUGAUGUUUGUAAUAUAAGUAUGUUGUUAUUUACUAAUCAGCUGUUGGGUAAUCUGUAGGACUAAUUUAGCAAUUAAUAAAGGUGUGCUUCCUGACUUUAUGCCAAUGCUCCUCAGGUUAAUCAUAAAUAAGCCUGACUCCUGUAAACACUGUCUGUGUUGUAUCACUUUUUCCAUGCCAUGAUGGCUUGAUAUUAACUGGGUCAGCAGUCUGAUUCCAGUCACACAGACAUUUAUAAGAACAUAUUAGUCUCAGAUUUCAAUUCAAUUCAAUAAAACUUUAUUGAUCCUGAAGGUUGACCCCAAAGGAAAUUGGGUAAUUUUUUUUCUUUUUUUUUUUUUCUUCAGAUUUGGAUUUGUGUCAUAAAUUUGAGAAAAGAUGAUCUCACUGAAUAUUUUCUUUCUCGUCCACAUUUCUCUCAGUGUCUUCUGCCCUGCUUUUGGAAAUUACCCUUUCACCUGUGUGCACAGCGUAAUCAUACAUGGAAUGCAGUUUAAAGGUUAACACAUUAAAUCCUUUUGUCAACAUGA